AUGCCUAGAAAGGCGGUUUUGCUGAAGUCGUUGGCCCGCGGUCGAGUCAGGUCGAGUUUCAACAAAUACAACCUAUUCAACCUGUACAAGAAAGGCGAGGUCGAUUUCAGAUCAAAGACGCUGUAUCAGCAGAAAUGGACAGCCAAACAAGAAACUAGAGCUUACCAUGGUGAACAUUUGACUGAAAAUCGGUGGCAGACAACUUUCACGCCAAAGUUGGAUUCCGUUGCCCAAUUGGAUGCGUCUUUGAAGGGCCGUGAAACGCAGCAGACACCAAUUCUACUACAAACUUUCGGGGUUUUAGAGAAACGACUGGACAUUGCAAUCUUUCGUGCCAUGUUUGCCUCUUCUGUGAGACAAGCCAGACAAUUUAUUUUGCAUAACAAUGUUUUCGUUAACGGAAUCAAGAUAUCGCAACCAAGCUACACCUUGAAACCUGGCGACGUUUUUUUUGUCAAACCAGAAAAGGUGCUGCAAGCUUUGGGUGCAAAGAAACCCUCGUUGGCUGAAUCCCUCAAGAUAGACAAACGCCAAAUUGCUAUCUGGAAUAGAUACGUGAAAGCCCUCAAAGAGAACCCUCGAGAGAAAUGGGCAGAGAAGCAAGAACAAUACCGCCAAAUGGAUGACUCGAACCCAAAAAAGCAGGAGUGGCUCGAGUUUGUUAGAAACUACAAUAAAACUCUAGACGCUCAAAUGGAGUCCGAAAUAAAAACGCAGACGAAGGAGGCUAUUUUUGCGAAAAUCAUGUCAAAAGGUUCUGCUUCUGCUGAGCCCGGAGCUCAAGACUUCCUAUCGCAAUUUUACGAUGAUGCGGCUCUUGCUGCCAAAGCUUUAGAGUGUUUCCAAGAACUUCAAAUCUCAAAGUCAGUGCCAGAAAGUGCAUCUGCCAUGUCGCUUGAACAGCUGGCCGAUCAUUCAAAAACUUUAAUAAACCUUUCGGAGGAAAAGAAGAAAGCAAUGUCUGAUGGUGCCAAAAAAUCGCUACGAGCGGCGAAGAACUUGUGUUCCGAAAUGUUGACCUCUCAAGACAAGGUAAUUCGUAAGCUUUACGAAGGAAAAAAAGGUAGCGAACAGACGUUGGCGAUACCAUACGACCCUCAAUGGGCUCAGAAGGUCAGUGGCCACAAGCCUAUCAAUGUCAGCGAAUUAGCUGAAGAUGAAUCUAGGGCUGCUGCUGCCAUAAAUCUGCCGUGGCAAAAAGGUGUUUAUGGCCGCAAAGAUCCUUCCAAACCUUAUUUCACGCCUUGGAAGCCAAGACCAUUUUUAUCACCAUUUGCCAUUUUACCUCACCACAUUGAAAUCUCCUUCAAAACAUGCCAUGCUGUUUACCUUAGAGACCCCGUGGCACGUCCUGGCCAAUCGGAAGUCAUUUCUCCCUUUGGCCUACCUGUCCAUGAACGCGCUUACAUGUAUUACGUUCGGAAUGGUAAAUGA